ACAUUUAACAUCCGGGCAUCGAAACAUGAGCAGCAAAGACGUGGAAUGUCACUUUUUUUUCCUCCUCCAGCGCUGUAAUGAUAUAGAGCAAAGAGCACCGCGAUUGGUGGAUGCAGAGAAGGAGAAAUGCAAAAGCAUCGAGGGGAGACGUAAAACAUAUGCGGCUUCAAUGACAACGACAAAGACCUCGACCAUCGGGCGCUUACGGUUCAAAAAUACGGAUUUCCCCACGAUCAGCGAUGCUGAUAAGAAAUAGAGCGACAUGAAAAUACACAAGAAGGACAAGCAGAUGCCCAGUGGUCAGAUCCUAAAGCACACUCCAGCCCCAGCAGCUUCCACUGCCUCCGACCACGCACAGACUCCAUUACCCAGAAGCACCCUGGGCUCCAAGGACCAGCUCCGCCUCCUAGCCGGGACCACCAAUCACUGCAUGGCCCACGCUAAGCAUGCUGGGAUGGGUGAGGAGGGGGCCAGCCGGGGUGUCCCGUGCCCUCCUUCCUCCCCCCUGAGCGAGGAGGAUGAUGGGGGGGGAGGGGCGCGGGUGAAGAAGAAACGGAGGAAAAAAAACAAGCAGGAGAAGAGGGCAGAGAGGGAGAGCAAACCAAAGAAGAAGAGGGAGCCGAGAGAAGGGAAGGAGGUGCUUCCCAGGAAGAGCAAAGAGGCCCGGGGGGGCAGAGACCAGAGGGAGGUGAAGGAGAGGAGGGAGGUGAAGGAGAGGAGGGAGGUGAAGGAGGUGAAGAGAGCCGCGGAGGUCCAGCCCCCGGGCCCGGCCAAGAGGGGCAGGAAACCCAAGGUCAAAGUGCUUCCUCCAGUCCCGCCCCCUGUCCCCAGCCCAGCUCCAGCCCCGCCCCUCAUCCUGGUCCCCGUACCCACCCCCCCCACCCCCAAACAGAGGGGGCGCAAGCCCAGAGAGCAAGGCACGGUGCCGGUGGAGAAGAAGAAGAAAGGGAAGAGGAAAAGGGAGGUUGUGCCGGCGAGAGAGCGUGAGGCGGAGGUGGAGAGGGAGGGGGGGGAGAGUGAGGAGGAGGCCGGGGGAGUUGGGGUCCUGGGGAGCGAGGAGAGCACAGACCCCUUGGACAACACGAAGCGUCGUUCUGGCCGGCAGGUGAAGAGGAGGAAGUACAACGAGGAUGUGGACUUCAAGGUGGUGGAUGAUGAUGGAGAGACCAUCGCAGUCCUGGGCGCUGGACGCAUCCCUGCCCUCAAUGCCGCUACCCUGGCAUGGCAGGCAGAGGAACCACCUGAGGAUGAAGCCAACAUCAUUGAGAAAAUCCUGUCUGUUCGAACAGUCAAGAAAGAGGGUCUGAGCCCACUAGAGGAAGAGGCAGAGGAGUUCUUCGUCAAGUACAGGAACUUCUCCUACCUGCACUGUAAGUGGGCCAGUCUGGAGGAGCUGGAGAAGGAUCCUCGGAUCCACCAGAAGAUCAAACGUUUCAGAGCCAAACAGGCUCAGAUGAAGCAUAUCUUUACCGAGCCUGAUGAGGACAUGUUUAACCCAGACUACCUUGAGGUGGACAGAGUUCUUGAGGUGGCCGUCACCACCGAUGCAGACACGGGAGAGGAGGUUACCCACUACCUGGUGAAGUGGUGUUCCCUGUCCUAUGAGGAGGCCACCUGGGAGCUUCAGGAAGACGUGGACCCUGGGAAGAUCCUGGAGUUUGAGGAAAUCCAGAAACUACCCGACCUCAAACAUGUGGAGAGGCCUCCACCAGAGAAGUGGCAGAAGCUGGACAACUCGAGAGAUUAUCGCAACGGCAACCAGCUGAGAGAGUACCAGCUGGAGGGGAUGAACUGGCUGCUUUUCAACUGGUACAACAGGAAGAACUGCAUCCUGGCAGAUGAGAUGGGUCUGGGGAAGACCAUCCAGUCCAUCACCUUCCUGUACGAGAUCUUCUCCAUGGGGCUCCGAGGCCCCUUCCUCAUCAUCGCCCCCCUGUCCACCAUCACCAACUGGGAGAGGGAGUUCCGCACAUGGACGCCCAUCAACGUGAUCGUGUACCACGGCUCCCAGAUCAGCCGGCAGAUGAUCCUGCAGUACGAGAUGUACCACAAAGACCCGCAGGGCAACCCCAUCGGCGGCGUGCUGAAGUUCCACGGGGUGAUCACCACGUUUGAGAUGAUCAUGGCCGACUGCCCGGAGCUGAGAAAGACCCACUGGUGCUGUGUGGUCAUCGACGAGGCCCACAGGCUCAAGAACAGGAACUGCAAACUGCUGGAGGGGCUCAAGAUGAUGAACCUGGAACACAAGGUUCUCCUGACAGGAACGCCCCUGCAGAACUCCGUAGAGGAACUGUUCAGCCUGCUCAACUUCCUGGAGCCGCUGCAGUUCCCCUCGGAGACCAGCUUCCUGGACGAGUUUGGAGACCUGAAGACCGAGGAGCAGGUGAAGAAGCUGCAGGCCAUCCUGAAGCCCAUGAUGCUGCGCCGUCUGAAGGACGACGUGGAGAAGAACCUGGCUCCCAAGGAGGAGACCAUCAUAGAGGUGGAGCUAACCAACAUCCAGAAGAAGUACUACCGGGCCAUCCUGGAGAAGAACUUCACCUUCCUGGCUAAAGGAGCUGGCCAGGCCAACAUGCCCAACCUCAUCAACACCAUGAUGGAGUUGAGGAAGUGCUGCAACCAUCCCUACCUGAUCACAGGUGCGGAGGAGAAGAUCCUGGAGGACUUCAGGAAGGGUGUGAGCAGCGAGGCGUGGGACUUGCAGCUGCAGGCAAUGAUCCAGGCAGCAGGCAAGCUGGUGCUGAUAGACAAGCUGCUGCCCAAGCUCCUGGCAGGGGGCCACAAGGUGCUGGUCUUCUCCCAGAUGGUCCGCUGCCUGGACAUCCUAGAGGACUACCUCAUCCAGAAACGGUACACGUACGAGCGGAUAGACGGGCGCGUGCGGGGGAACCUCCGCCAGGCCGCCAUCGACCGCUUCUGCAAGCCGGACUCGGACCGCUUCGUCUUCCUGCUGUGCACGCGCGCCGGCGGCCUUGGGAUCAACCUCACUGCCGCCGACACCUGCAUCAUCUUCGACUCGGACUGGAACCCCCAGAACGACCUGCAGGCUCAGGCACGUUGCCACCGGAUUGGCCAGAGCAAGGCUGUGAAGGUGUACCGACUGAUCACCAGGAACUCGUACGAGAGGGAGAUGUUCGACAAGGCCAGCCUGAAGCUGGGCCUGGACAAGGCCGUGCUCCAGGACAUCAACCGCAAGGGCAGCGUCAACGGGGUUCAGCAGCUGUCCAAGCUGGAGGUGGAGGACCUGCUGAGGAAGGGAGCGUACGGAGCUCUGAUGGACGAGGAGGACGAGGGCUCCAAGUUCUGCGAGGAGGACAUCGACCAGAUCCUGCAGAGACGCACCCAGACCAUCACCAUCCAAUCAGAGGGCAAGGGAUCCACCUUCGCCAAGGCCAGCUUUGUGUCGUCUGGGAACAGAACGGACAUCUCCCUGGAUGAUCCUAACUUCUGGCAGAAGUGGGCAAAGAUUGCUGAGCUAGAGGUGGAGUCUCGGGCGGAGAAGGAGAGUCUGGUCAUCGACACUCCCCGUGUGAGGAAGCAGACCCGUCACUACAACUCGUUUGAGGACGAUGAGCUGAUGGAGUUUUCUGAGCUGGACAGCGACUCAGAGGAGCGACCCUGUCGAUCCCGUCGCCUUAGCGACCGCAGCCGCCGCUACCUCCGGGCCGAGUGCUUCCGGGUCGAGAAGAACCUUCUCAUCUUCGGAUGGGGGAGAUGGAAGGACAUCCUGAGCCACGGGCGUUUUAAAUGGCACCUGACGGAGCGAGACAUGGAGGUGGUGUGCCGGGCGCUGUUGGUGUACUGCCUACGGCACUACAAGGGAGACGAAAAGAUCAAGAGCUUCAUCUGGGACCUGAUCACCCCCAGCAAGGACGGCCAGGACCAGGCCCUGCAAAACCACUCCGGCCUGUCAGCGCCGGUGCCGCGGGGGAGGAAGGGCAAGAAAAUGAAGACCCAGCUGAGCCCGCCGGAGCUGCAGCAAGCUGAUUGGCUGGUCCACUGCAAUCCUGAGGUGGUGCUGCACGACGACAGCUACAAGAAACACCUCAAACAACACUGCAACAAGGUGCUCCUGAGGGUGAGGAUGUUGUACUACCUGAAGGUGGAGGUGCUAGGGGAGGUUGCCACCCAGGCCCUAGAGGGCAUCCCCGCCAGUAAACUGGAGGUGUCUCUUCCUGACAUCGACUACAUCGAGGUGCCGGCUGGCUGGUGGGACGUGGAGGCUGACAGGUCUCUGCUGAUCGGCGUCCACAAACAUGGGUAUGAGCGCUACAAUGCCAUGCGUGUGGAUCCAGGCCUCUGCUUCCUGGAGCGGGUGGGCAUCCCCGACGCCUCCGCCCUGACGGGGGAGCAGGGAGGGGGGGAGGGGGUCUCCGACAUCACCGACAGUGUGUGUAAGAGUGAGGAGGCGAGGGAGGAGGCGAGGGAGGAGGCGAGGGAGGAGGCGAGGGAGGAGGCAACGGAGGAGGCAAGGGAGGAGACGAGAGAGGAGACAAGCUCCAAGGCAGAGGAAGGAGAGGAGACGAAGGAGGAGACAUGCUCUAGCAGUGACGCCGCAGACAAGCCUGACAGUCUGGCUCCAGACUCCCUCAGUGUGGACCUGACCCAGGAGGGGCCGGAGCCUCCUUGUGGAGGGGUGGAGCCUCAGUGUGGAGGGGUGGAGCCUCAGUGUGGAGGGGUGGAGCCUCAGUGUGGAGGGGUGGAGCCUCAGUGUGGAGGGAUGGAGCCUAACUUCCAAGGCCGGCCCCUGUGGCCAGCAGGCCCCGCCCUCACAGCCCGUUUGAGACGCCUCAUCACAGCGUACCAGCGAUUCACCCGCCGCGAGCCAAUCAGACACGACUUCCUGUUUCAUGACGGGCUGGGGGCGGGUCAUGGGCCGUUGGCGUGGCAACUGGGGGAGGAGCUGAGGCGAUGUUCGGUGGGGGCGGAGCCAGACCCACUCUUCCUGGAGUGGCAGAGGAGGUGGACUCGGAGGGAACAAGCAGACUUCUACCGGACGGUGUCGUCGUUUGGGGUGGUGUUUGACCCAGAGAGGAAGUGCUUCGACUGGGCUCAGUUCAGAGCCCUGGCCCGCCUAGACCGCAAGACGGACCACAGCCUGGAGAGAUACUUCUACAGCUUCGUGUCCAUGUGCCGCACUGCCUGCAGACUGCCCCCUAGGAAGGACGAAGGCCCGGUUGACCACUCCCUCUUCCUGGAGCCAAUCACGGAGGAGCGUGCGGCGAGGACCCUGUAUCGCAUCGAGCUCCUGCGGAAAAUCCGCGAGCAGGUGCUGCGUCACCCGCUGCUGUCGCCGCGGUUACAGCUGUGCCGGCCCAGCCUGUACCUCCCGGUGUGGUGGGAGUGCGGCAAGCACGACCGCGACCUGUUGCUAGGCGCCGCCCGGCACGGCCUGAGCCGCACGGACUACUACAUCCUGAACGACCCCCAGCUGUGCUUCCUGGAGGCGCAUAGGAACUACGUCCGUAAGGAGAGAAGGCAGGGCUACCCGCCCCCUCAACACCCCCACCACCACCCUGGCCUGCCUCCCCCACCCUCCUCCUCACACCCCCACUGCUGCCUGUACGACCCCGGCCUGGGCCCCUGCUCCUCCCCCCAGCCCCUGCCGGAGUACCACCCCCCACUGCACCCGUCCCCCUCCCACCCACACCUCCAGGGAGCACCAGAGGCAGGGGGGGCGGACCCCCGGGCCGGCCUGGGGAUGGUGCCUGGGGGUCGGGAGGGGAGCUACCUGGACUGCCCCCCCCUGGAGGAGAGCCUGGACCUGGCCUCGCUCCAUCACGACCCCCUGACCUCUGACCCCGACGCUCUCGGGAAAAGCAAGGAUGGCCUCAGUGGAUUCCCGUUUAACUCAGCCGCGGCCGGACAGAGCAUGCUCAACUCCUACGGCGUGGGGGCGGAGUCUAUGGCGGGGAAGCUGCGGAGCGACGUGCUGGUUGGCCAGCAGGGCUCGGAGGAGGAAACCGGACUAUUGGCUCCCUCCGUGCAGCUCGACCAAUUGCAGGCCUCCUGGGAGCCCGGCGACCACGCUAGCCCCACCCACCACAUGUUCAACGAGGCGGACGCCAUCUUGGGCCCGCCCACUCUGGAGGCGGGGUUUCUGGAGGAGGAGGAGGGGCAGGGGGGAGACGGGGGAGGAGCGGAGGAGACGUUGGAAGACUGUCUGGGUCUCCCCCCCUCCUCCUCCCCCUCUCACCCCUCUGGGGGAGGAUCUCUACCCUCCAGCUUCAUGCUGUUCAAGGACAUCGGGGUGAGCGAGGACCCCAGCGUGGAGCCGACGGACCUGUCAGCCAGUCCUCCUCCCCGCUACAUCCCCCCUCCCCCCCUCUCCCUGUCCCACACUGAUGAUGUCACAGAUGCCUUGACCAGCCACACACAAGGGGUGGAGCCAGCGUUCGAGUUCGACAAGGAGGAGGAGCUUUCUGGCGACAGCCAGGGGCUGGAGGGGGAGGAGCCAUGUAUGGAGGGGGAGGAGCCAUGUCUAGUGCCGGUGUCCCAUGGUGAGCAGGCUCCAGAUGAGGCCUACUCAGAGCCCCAGGACCAGGGACUUGCCUGCGAGGAUGAACCAGCCCAGGAGCAGCCUUACUCGGGGACACUGGGGGAGACAGCCCUGGGGCUGGAGGCUGGAGAGAGCCCGGUGGACCUGGACGAGGAGGCAAUGGAGGCAGAGCCCAGCCUUGAGGAAGGAGAGAUGGGGUGUUUACCCGGGGCCCUAGGGGCUCCGCCCGGCCCAGGGGACGAGGUCUGGGAGGGGGGUGGGACUCUAGGGAGCCCGGGGGACGAAGCAGUUCCCCGGUCCGAGGGUCACAAGCUUCUAGAAGGCCUGGCUGAGCGGAGAACCCUGGAGGAACCCGGAGCGGGAACCUCAGCAGAAGAUGUUGGGGGAACCUUCCUAGAACCCCUCCAGGAACAGUACCAGAUAGAACCCGAGGAACCCUGCGAUGAGCAGGCGGAACUUGGGAGAACCGUCACACAGCACACACCUCCCGCACACACCUCCCUCGCCCCCUCCGUCUUCCCCCCGUCACCCUCCCCUUCCACAGCCCGGGCAGAGGCACCACUGGCCCCGGGGAAGGUGAAGAACGAGCCCAGCCUGGAGGAGCAGAGCUGUGGGGUUCUGGUGGGCAGCAGGCUUGGCCCAGGUGGCUUCCUGGGCCUGGACCCUGGCAGCACCAAGCCCGAGGAGGAGGAGCUCUCCCUGGGGCCCGAGACCAAGCCGGGCCCCGGGCCCCUGGUUCUGGCGGUCAAGAUGGAGACCAAGAUGGAGGCAGGGGACUACCCUCUGAACCAGACAAGCGAGGAUCUGAAACCAGCCGGGUUCCAUCUGAAGGCUGAAGAGUCAGAGGAGGAGAAGCCUGCUCUGGUGUUCCCUGGGAAGACUGACUCUGAGACCAAGCCAGAAGGCCUGGUCUUUCCAGUCAAGCCAGAAGGCCUGGUGUUUCCAGUCAAGCCAGAAGGAUUGGGUUUCUCUGUGAAGCCAGAAGGUCUGGGUCUCUCUGUGAAGCCGGAGGGCCUGGUCUACUGCUUGAAGCCUGAAGGUCUGGUGUACUGUGUGAAGCCAGACUGUCUGGAGCCCAAGACAGAGCUGCUGGAGGCCGACAGCACCGUGCUCAGCCCCAAGAUGGAGGACAGACGCACGCCAGGUCCAGGGGAGAGCUACGUGGAGCCCCCCAGGUAUGCUGCACCCUCGCUGGGCAUGUGUGACCUGCCCGACAGCCUACACGACAUCAGGGAGCCAACCAUCGCUCAGCUGCUGCAGGAGAAAGCCCUCUACUCCUUCUCUGAGUGGCCGAAGGACCGUGUCAUCAUUAAUCGCCUGGACAGCAUCUGCCACGCUAUCCUGAAGGGGAAGUGGCCGUCGUCCAGCCAGCAGUACGAGUCCCCCAGUGCCCUGUCAUCGUCCUGCUUGGGCCCCAGCCCCAGCCUGGCCCCCCACCACCCCCAGCACCGGCCGGCCUACCUGCCUCCCAGCCCCCGCCUCCAGCAGCCCCCCCCGGGGCUGGGGUACAGCCUGCCCCCUCCUCUCACCAGGCUGCCCAAGUACGGGUCGCGUGGCGGGCGGGGCUGCCGUCUCACAUCCUUGCCUCUGUUGCAGGAGCGCUUGGUGGCUCCGCCUUACCUGCCCGAGCUGAAGCGCGGCCGGCGCCCGUACGACUACGACCCCGGCGAGGCCCAGGGCCACGCCCCCCAGGACAAGAUGGCGCCCGUGGUGGCCCCGCCCUCCUCCCACCGCGGGGGGUCCAUGCUGAUCAACGGCUGGCAGGAGGCCGCUAUGGACCUGUCCAAGCCCGGGGAGCUGGGGCUGGGGGCGGAUGAGGCCGGGGGGAACCUGGGGCACCACCAGGGGCACAAGUUGGGCCCCUCCCUGGGCACCAUGGGGGGGCUGGCGGGCUCCAUGCAGGGCUCCGGAAACAUGGACAUGGCCGGUAUCCUGCAGGCAGGCCUCAUACACCCCGUUACCGGGCAGAUCGUUAACGGGAGCCUGCGCAGGGACGACUCCAUGCUGCGGAGGAGGAGGGGGAGGAGACGGAAUGUGGAGGCCGUGGAGAUGGGGUUCAAGAGCCCUGGGGGGGAGGCGCAGGCCAGGGUGGAAGCAAUCAGCCACUCUGUGGUGUCAUCCUCCACCUCCUCCCCCUCCCUCCAGGAUCACCUGCCCGGCCCCUCCACCCCCACCCCCUCCCCUUCCCCCUCUCCCUCCUCCUCCCAGCCCCAGCCUCAGCCUGAGAUUGUUGCCAUAGACAGAGAGGCAGCCAGUAAAGGCUUGCUGGAGUGGCUGAGAUUGAACCCCAACUACAGCAUGGAACUGCCUGCCUUCACCCAGCCGGGAGCAGGCGUGCUGCACGGCUUCAUGGAGAGACCUAAGCAGAGGAGGCACCGCUGUAAGGACCCCACCAAGCUGGACGUGAACACCCUGACCGGGGAGGAGAGAGUCCCUGUGGUGCACCGGAGCACAGGGCGCAGGUUAGGGGGUGCCAUGGCUCCAGCCAUAAAGGAGCUCUCUCGAUGGCUGGACGCCAACUCUGAGUAUUGUGUAGCUCCAGACUGGGCUGACGUGGUCAAACACUCUGGCUUCCUUCCGGAGGGGAAGUUCGGUCGCAUCCUGACGGAGCCGGUGAACCGUGACCCGGGCUCCCGGCGGAGGGGGCGUCGGCCUCGCAGCGAGAUGCCUAAGCCCCUCCUCUCUGAGGCCCCGACCGGCCUGGCCCCGCCCCUCCUCAUGAACGGCGGGCUGAUGGGCCUACAGAACCUGCGAGGUGUUCCUGGCCUGCCAUUGGCUAGCCUGAUGGCGGGCUUCCCCCACGGGUUCGCCAUCCCUUCCGGCGAGGAUGCCAAGAAUGGGCUGAGCAUGUUACCCAUGAUGCUCCACAGCCUCCCUCACGGAGCCUUGCCCCAGCACAUGUUCAACGUGGGCGGGAUGAUGUCACAGGCCCCUCCCCCGUCCAGCUCCGCCGCCAGCUCCUCCCCCUCCCCUGCUGCCGUGGCAACCGCCACCAGCUCCGCCGCGGGCUCGCCAUCCUCCACGGCCAGUAGCCCCGCCCCCCGCAGCUCUGCCGGGCCGGGCGAGGGAGGGGAGAGGAGGAGGGAGGAGAGGCUGGGGGACGGCAGGGCUGGGGGGCCGCACAGCGUGGCCUCCAUCACCACCUCCGCACCCACCACCAGCACCGUGACCUUUAACCCCUUCCUGCUCCCAGGGGUGUCCCACAGUCUGCUGUACCCCCACAUGUUCCUGUCCCCCGGGGGGCUGAUGACCCUGCCGGGCCUGUCACCCCACGACCCCGCCAGCCCCCGCCGCCGGAGGAAGAGGGCCGCGCCCCCGGCCGACGACACCCCUGUGUUUGUCGCCCUUGGAGACGAGGAGGCGCUGGAGGUCAAGGGUCAGAAGGCGAGCCCUGCGCCGGACUCCCACGAUGCACCUGGUCGGGAGGCGGAGGAGAGAGGAGAGAUGGGGAGGAGAGGGGAGGACAGAGGAGUGGAGGAGAGAAAGGAGGAGGAGGCAAGACAGGAGGAGAACGGAGAGAAGGAGCAGGAGAGGGGGAUGGAAGAGGAGAAGAGAGAAACUGAGGAGAGACAACCUGAAGAGAAGGAGUGGAUGAGGGUGGAGGACUCACAAUAGACUUCCUCCCUCCAUCCCCGGCUCGCUCCUUUCUAACUGUGCAACAAUGUAAAGUUUGUGCUGUGUCAGUCGAUGUCCAUGUAUAGACUUUUAUUACUGUAAGUCCACCUGUUCAUGUUUCUAGAGACUGUACCCCUCAUCCUCCAUCUACCUGCCCCCACCACAGGAGGGCGAUCACGCACACUGCAGGCCAGGCUUGGAAGAUACACACCUGGUGUAUCCUGUUUAGAGACACACCUGGUAUAGUCUUCAGGUGUGGUAUCUGGUGGCCAUGUUGGAGGAAAAGCAGCUUGCGGGUUUAUGACAUCAGGUUUCUGCUACAGAAUAAACACGAGAGAAUCAUGUCAACUGUUCAGAUGUCGCAACACAACUAGAAUACAAACGAAGCUACAGAUAGCAGAGAACAAUCCUGAGAUUUGAGUCUUUUUUUAAAUGUAUUAGUUCUGCCACAGAGUCACUUUGAGAGCUGCCCAGAGGAAGAUGUACCAGAGAAGUACCCCGCACAGCCUGCAGGGGACAGUGAGAGGGGAAACACACCUCAUCCAGGAGAGAAGUACAGAAAAAAACCCUCUGGUGGGAGGGAGGGGAGGGAGAGGGAGGGUCAGUUGUGUCAUGAGGAAUAAUCUGUCCAUGUCCAUCUAUCUGUCUAGUGUUUUGAGUCUGGCCCAGUGUGUAACAACACAGAGAGACAAAAGGAGGUGAGAGUAAAAGAGGGAACAAACAGGGGUGUGAGGUGAGAAACAGUUGCCUGUUGUCUCAGUUGUCCCCCUUUCUCAUUUAAAUAUCCUGUAGACUAGCGAAUCAUACUAAGAGUUUUUAAAUAUGUAAAUCUAUCUGGCUGUAUAUUGCAGUUUUUUUCUCUCUUGUUUACAAACACAUCAUGUUUAGCGUUGUGUCCAUGAUGUAACUCUCCACUCUUGGGGAGGGCUGACCCCUGACCCCCCAGGGCCCCCCCACCCACACACACACCUUCACUACAGGGUCUACACUCAUUACAGUCAUUGUUUUUACUAAUGUCUGACUUCACUUAAAUUAUGUUUUCUGAUAUGAGAACAUCAUUAUUUGCACAGUGUCCGUUAGGUGAACAUUUACCUGCCUGUCCUCCCUUUCAUUCUGUGUGUGUGUGUAUAUGUGUGUCUAGGUGUGUGUGUGUGUGUGUGUAUAUGUGUGUCGAGGUGUGUGUCUUUGUCUAGGUGUGUGUAUGUGUAUCGAGGUGUGUGUGUGUGUGUGUGUGUGUGUGUGUGUAUAUGUGUGCAUGCAUGCGCGCACGUGUACUCAGCCUCACCAGAUGAGGGUGUGAUCUUUGAACCGUGUUUCUCACAUUCUGAAAUCACCUUUCUUGUUAAGUCAUUAUUGUUGCCUUGUCACUACCUGUGACUAUAUAAUUUAUUUUACUGUAUUUGCUUUGCCGUAUUUUCACCAAAUAUGACAUUAUUUUUCUUCCUGUUACUUUAGUUGAUUAUAUUCAAAGUAAAAAUGCCUUAUUUAGCCA